CCAACUCAAAACUCAAAACUCCUCCCUUUUUAACAAAUGAUCGUCAGUGUCUGGUCUGAUCUCGGGAAAAACACAGAGUAGUUACUAUUGCAGGCAACAGGCGAGCUGCUCGCAGCGUAGGAAGGAGAAACAGCAUCCAGAUCAGACUAAAACCAGACUGAGAACAGACUGUGACCAGACCAAGACCAGCCUCAGAUCACACUGAGAUCACUCUCUCAGCAGCAGCAGCCGCCAGUACUGAACCCAGAGAGGAGCUGGUGAACACGGUGAACAGUCCGCUUCUCUUCAGGCACUCAUGGCGCUGUGUAACGGGGAUACCAAGCUGGACAUCAGUGGCGAACCUAAAGAUGCACUAUGUGAUUAUGAGGGGGCCGUGGUCAUCCUUGACGCUGGGGCACAGUAUGGGAAGGUGAUUGACCGGCGAGUGCGAGAGCUAUUUGUCCAGUCAGAGAUCCUGCCACUAGAGACCCCAGCCUUUGCCAUUAGAGAACAGGGCUUCAGAGCCAUCAUCAUAUCUGGCGGUCCUAACUCAGUCUACGCAGAGGAUGCACCCUGGUUUGACCCCGCCAUAUUCACCAUUGGAAAACCUGUCUUGGGGAUCUGCUAUGGCAUGCAGAUGAUGAAUAAAGUGUUCGGUGGCACGGUGCACAGAAAAAGCGUCAGAGAAGAUGGUGUGUUCAGCAUCGGGAUGGACAACUCCUGCUCACUUUUCAGGGGUCUACAGAAAGAGGAGAUGGUGCUGUUGACCCACGGUGACAGUGUGGAUAAAGUAGCAGAUGGAUUCAAAGUCGUCGCCCAGUCUGGCAACAUUAUUGCAGGCAUCGCUAAUGAACAGAAGAAGCUCUACGGCACUCAGUUUCACCCUGAAGUGGAUCUGACCGAGCGGGGCAUGGACAUGCUGCGGAACUUCCUGUUUGAGAUCGCUGGCUGUACCAGUAACUUCACCGUACAGAACCGACAGUUGGCCUGCCUCCGCGAGAUCAGUGAGAAAGUGGACAAGUCCAAAGUGCUGGUGUUGUUGAGCGGUGGUGUGGACUCCACAGUAUGUACCGCCCUGCUGAAUAAGGCUCUGAACCAGGAUCAAGUGAUCGCCGUCCACAUCGAUAACGGCUUCAUGAGGAAGAGAGAGAGCCAGAGCGUGGAGGAGGCACUCACCAAACUCGGCAUUAAACUCAAGGUGGUAAACGCAGCGCACACAUUCUACAAUGGCACCACAACACUCCCCAUCUCUGAGGAGGACCGAACACCCAGGAAACGCAUCAGCAAAACCCUUAACAUGACAACCAACCCUGAAGAGAAGAGGAAGAUCAUUGGCGACACCUUCGUCAAGGUGGCAAAUGAGGUGAUUGGUGAGAUGAACCUGAAGCCAGAAGAAGUGUACCUUGCACAGGGCACACUCAGACCAGACCUGAUCGAGAGCGCCUCUCACCUGGCCAGCGGCAAAGCCGAGGUCAUCAAAACGCACCACAACGACACCGAGCUCAUCCGCAAACUCAGAGACGAGGGCAAAGUAAUCGAGCCGCUGAAAGAUUUCCACAAGGAUGAGGUGCGGGCGUUGGGCCGAGAGCUGGGGCUCCCUGAGGAGAUCGUCUCUCGACACCCUUUCCCUGGUCCAGGUUUAGCCAUUCGAGUCAUCUGUGCUGAUGAACCGUACGUCUGCAAAGACUUCGCUGAGACCAACAACAUCCUGAAAAUCAUCACAGACUUCUCCGCCAGCGUGAAAAAGCCACACACACUGCUGCAGAGAGUGAAGUCGUGCAUAUCAGAUGAGGAAGAGGAGAAACUGAUGCAGAUCACCAGCCUUCAUUCACUAAAUGCCUUCCUGCUGCCAAUCAAAACCGUGGGCGUCCAGGGUGACUCUCGGUCGUACAGCUAUGUGUGCGGGCUGACCAGUAAAGAAGCUCCUCACUGGGAAUCUCUCAUGUUCCUUGCCAGACUCAUCCCUCGCAUCUGCCAUUCCAUUAACAGAGUUGUAUAUGUCUUCGGGUCACAUGUAAAGGAACCACCCACUGACAUCACGCCCACCUUCCUGACCACAGGCGUGCUGAGCACACUCAGACAAGCAGACUUUGUAGCCCACUCCAUCCUGAGGGAGUCUGGCUACUCAAGUAAGAUCAGUCAGAUGCCCAUCAUUCUGGUGCCUCUGCAUUUCGACCGUGACCCGCUGCAGAAGCAGCCCUCCUGCAGGCGCUCUGUCGUCAUUAGAACCUUCAUCACCAGUGACUUCAUGACAGGCAUCCCUGCCACGCCUGACAACCACAUCCCUGAGGAGGUGGUGCUGAAGAUGGUCAGCGAGAUAAAGAAGAUCCCCGGCAUCUCCAGGGUGAUGUACGACCUCACAUCCAAACCUCCGGGAACCACAGAGUGGGAGUAGAGCAGAGUAGUGGACUGGCGCUCUCCCCUUUUCUUUCUGUUCCCCCACUUCCCCCCCCAUCUCACUAUACCGGUGUUGCCACACUCCCUAAGGCCCCCACCCCACAACCUUCAGAGAACACAACAUUCCCUACGAUGGCAGGCAGUACUGUGAUUAGCACACACCCGAAGCCGCUACUUCAACACUGCCUCAUUUUCUGGGGCUUUUAUUAUUAUUAUUAUUAUUAUUAUUAUUAUUAUUAAAUGAAUGAACAGCUCAUCAUUGGUUUCUAAUGAUGGUACAAUUACUUAGUUUAUUUCAGGUAUCAGCCCUCUGUGUUGUGACAGGUUGUUACUUUCCUGCAAACGCUAAAACGUCAAAGGUCAGAUUUCUUGCAGGCCGUCGUGUCCUGGUGGACUGUGACGCACAGAUAAACAGCUUGUUGACAGGCAGUCGAUUUGAGAGGUUUUUCCAGCAUCGCUGCUUUAUUUUCCUCAUAAACCAGCUCUGUUGCACUGCUGGCUUCUUGAAUCUUCUUAUUUCUCUCUGAAGUCUCUGGCGGUAUUUAUUAUGAAAUCAGCUGCGGGCAGUAGUAGCUCAUUCACCCGUUGAUGUGACCAAUCAGUGUGGGUUUUUUUUCCUUUUCUAAUGUUUAUUUGCCAAAUAUAGUUGAUGACGUUAAGCCGAGGGGCCGCAGUUUUGAGUUUGCUUUUGCCCCCUCUUGGUCAUGCCGUUCUCGCACUCUGGAGAACCGUGACUAGUCGAACAGAAACGUUCUGCUGUGAAGGAGCUUCCUGGAGAGAGACGGAAGCUUCCUGGACUUCGUGCCUGGUUCUUUGUCUUUUUCUCAUAAAGUUCUUUUUUUUUUCGUUUUUUUUUUUUUUUUUUUCAGGGACUUAUCCAGACUUAGUGACGCUCCCACUGCGGAGGGCAAACUAAUGUGUGCUGCAUUUUUUUUUUUGCUUUUUAAGAAGUAUAAUGAUGGUGAUGAGACGUUGAAUAUAGAGAGUGAAUAUAUGAGUCAUUGUCUGCUUUUUUCAGGUAACACUUUAUUUGAAGGAUCAAUCAUUAAGGGUUUUAGUUUAGUUUUUUCUGUUAAAGGCCAGAUUACACUUCUAAAUGGUUUAUUUACAAAUUACUCAUCUUUAUUUAUUGUGAUUGCAAGUCUGUUAUAUGAAUUACUAAUAACUGUUACUCGAAUGAAGAGCAGUAAAAACUUUGUCCAAAUUAUAGAAUCAAUCUUCAGAAAUACUCAUUAGUGAAUAAUUGGCAGCAUCUUAUUCAUAGGUAGCAUUACACUGCAAAAAUACGUCUUGGCAAGUGAAAUAAUUUUAAAUCGCAUUAAUGUAUCUGAUAUUUCUUAUGUUUAGAUUAUUGUAAGAUUAUUUGACUUUUUUCCAAACAUUUUUGCUUGUUUUAAGUAAUUAUAGUCCAGUUAUCUCGCUGUAUUGGCCAAUAAUUUGGCUUGUUUCAAGUAGAUUUCUAAUAAAAAGACAAAUUAUUGAGAGAAUUGUACUUAGAAAAAUCACUUAAAGCAAAUAAAUAUGUUCAGAAAUAAUUAUUACGAUCUUACAAGCUCACACCGGUUGUUUGUAUUGAUUAUUGACUAGCUAAGGUCAUGAUUUUUGCAGAUUUUUGUCCCUUAGACUUAUUGGGUUUUUUGUUACACCUAACAAGUCUAAUACUAGUAGAGUUCACCUUCACUCAUUAGAGGCUAAAAGGCACUAAUCAAAUUUAUGUCCAUCUCAAAUUCAGAGCUUGUUCAUGAUAUUUUGAUUGCAAAACAACUUUUCUAAGACGUUAGUUUAUCCUUCAUUUCUAGAGUCAGAUUUGCUCACAGUGGUGGUGAUAGGAACCAGACGUCUGAAUCAUGUCAUGUCUCUGAAAGGUGCCUCUCACAGAAAGUUAUUGCACAGAAUGGUGAUGAAUGCUCUGCCUGAUGCCUGAGAUGUUGUUUUAUGAUAGCUACCUAGAAUAUGAAAGUAUUAGUGGCUUAUUAAACUCUAAUUACCUCAAAAAGUUACCUGACUUCUUGGAGCCUAUAGGAAUAAAAUGAUUCCACUCUAAAAAAAAAAAAAAAAAAAAAAAUUAGGCUCAAUAAUUAGCAUAAGGUCCUGACAAAGUGUUUAUUGUGCAUUAUUUCAGCUGACAACAGCAAAUAUUAGUGACACAUUAAAAGACCUCCAAUUACAAACUAAUUCAUAAUGAAUGAAGCUUAUUGUAUAGUGUGUAAACCAUUUAGAAGUGGGCUUUAUUGGUGAACGACCUUGAUUUGACCCCCCCAAUCAAAAAAAAAAGUUCCCAAAAGUAAAUUGUUACCCUUUUCACCCUCAUCCUGGUCGUUUUGAUCAUGGCAUCACCUUGGCUGCUCCCAUGCACAUGCGUUUGUGUACGGGGACCCGUUUUUGCACAUUAACCACGUCUUGUUUUUAACCCAUUAAGGCCUUGGUGCUUUUCCUCUGUGUGGUGGAGUGUUUUCUCCCAUGGCUGGACAGAGGAGGCUUGAGCUGUGGGACAGAGAAAAGGCCUCGCUGCGGUCAUUUCUUUGUUAAAUUCAUAAGCUACAGGUGGAAAUCCAGCCCUCGCAAGUUGGCCUUCGUAGAACUUCCGCAGUUGUCAGAGCCUGAACCUGAAUAAGGGUAAGGAGGGUCUUUGUUCUGUUCCUCGACUAUACACAGAGGUUCGUUUGGGCGAAAAUAGAACUCACGCACUCAAACCUUGGAUGUAGAUAAGAGUUGAAGUGUCAUAACGAUGAAUAACAUGCCUAGCUAUUUAUUGUCUUUGUACGUUUCUUUUCAGAAUCUCUCGUUUAAAUAGAAAACGAAAAAGAAAUGCAAGGUGGACUCGUUCAUCGUCUUAACCGCAAACCCGCUCUUAACGACUCUCCCUCCGUCGCCUUUUUACGUGUAUAUUUCACAUGCGUCUACUCAGAAAGAGAAUCCAAGUUAAAAUGAACUUUCAAAUUAGUAGUGGGUUGAAUUGCAAUAUGACAUGGCAUUCAGUUUGAUUUAUGCAAUUCUGUUUUGAUUUUUUUUUUUUCCUUUUCUUUUUGUAAGAAAAUGAACAAAGCUCUUUUUUUCUCCUUAGUAUUGUGCCUCAAAACCAAGCCACUGCAUGCAGUUUCCUGAAGAACUGAAAUUUGUAUGAGAUCUGAGCUUUAAUAAAGAAGUCCAUGUUUAACUUUC